AUGGUGCAUUACGCCUCGAAAGUCGCUGUAGCGUUGUGCGCAGUCGUCGCCAGUAGCUCUGCGCAAGAGCAGCUUCGUACAGCUAUACCAGGAAAUGCGGCCUACGACUAUGUCGUCAUUGGUGGUGGCACCGCUGGACUCGCCAUAGCUUCCCGACUCUCAGCCUAUGCUUCAGUCGCUGUCAUCGAGGCUGGCGGCCUGUACGAGGUGGACAAUGGGAACCAAUCCGUCAUCCCCUACUACGGCCUUGUCAUGCCGAUCCUGGGUAUCACAGAGGACUACCCGCAAAACUCGCUGAUCGACUGGGAUCUGCUUUCCACCCCCCAGGCAUCAGCUGGAGGGCGUCGCAUUCAUUAUGCGCAGGGCAAAACGCUAGGAGGAAGCUCAGCCAUCAAUACCGGGGCAUAUCAUCGCGGAACUGUUGGGUCUUACCAACGUUGGGCAGAUCUAGUAGGCGACCAGAGCUUCACCUUCGACCGCAUCCUCCCCUACUUCAAACGCACUGCUACCCUCACUCCUCCCAAUCUCAAGAAAAGGAAUGCGCCCAAUGCCACAGUACUGUACGAUCCAAAGGCAUUCGACAACUCGCUCAAUGGUCCCGUGCAGAUUUCAUGGGCAAAUUGGGUUGAUCCUGCGCAGAGUUGGUUCGCUCGUGCUUUGCAAGCGGUUGGAAUGACCCUAAGCCCGAACGGACUCAGCAGCGGCAAAGUGGAUGGCGGAGCUUGGGUCCCCACUACGAUUGACCCUAAAGAUGCGACGAGGAGUAGUUCGAAGACCAGCUAUUUGCAGUCUGCAUUGCAGAACAAGCGGGCGCGCAUCGCCGUGUAUCUGCGUUCGCAAGCUUCUAAGAUCAUAUUCGACAAAAAGAAGAGGGCGACAGGCGUAGCUGUAUCAUUUGGAGGACUGGAUUUUGUUAUCUCAGCAAAGAAGGAAGUCAUCCUCUCGGCGGGCGUGUUCCACUCCCCGCAGAUUCUGCAGCUCUCAGUAGGUAUCGGACCCGCGUCAACUCUCCGCUCUUACUCCAUCGACGUGGUCUCCGAUCUCUCGGGCGUGGGCCAAAACCUCUGGGACCAGAUCUUCUUCAAUGUCCUUCGUGGCGUCAGCGUACCCAACACAGGUACCUAUCUUGCGACCCCCGCGCAGCAAGCCUUUGCCGUACAGCAGUACCUCUCCGACGCCGCGGGCCCAUACAGUUCCGCCGGUGGCUACCUCUCCUUCGAAAAACUGCCUGCGCAAAGCCGUGCAGCCUUCUCGCCCCGCACGUCCGAACUCCUCUCAAACUUCCCGUCUGACUGGCCCGAGAUCGAGUACAUCGCGUCUGGCUUCCCCGGUGGCUUCCUCAACCUGACAACUGUCGGUGCUAUCAGCGCUACGUUGCUCACGCCCACAUCCAGAGGCAACGUGACAAUCCGUAGCGCGUCCAUUGCCGAUGCACCGGUCAUCAAUCUGGGGUGGCUCACCGAUCCUGCAGACGGAGAGGUUCUAGUCGCAGCAUUCAAGCGCGUGCGUGAUGCAUGGAACAGCACUGCCAUUGCUGGCAUCGUUGUUGGACCCGAAAUCACGCCCGGUGACGCUGUCACUACGGAUGCGCAGAUUCUGGAGUACAUUCGAUCAUCGGCCUCGCCCAUCUGGCAUGCUAGUUCGACUUGUGCGAUGGGAAAGGCUGGAGAGGCGGGCGCUGUGGUGGACUCGAAGGCGAGGGUGUUUGGUGUCAAGAGACUCAGAGUUGUGGACAACUCGAUUAUUCCAUUUAGUUUGCCGGGACACCCCACGAGCUCUGUGUAUAUGUUAGCAGAGAAGAUUGCAGAAGAUAUCUUGAAGGGGAAGUGA